UCGAAUUUCUUUUCACACUCCUUAUAAACAACUCAAUGGGAUCUUCUCUAACGGUAAACUAACCAUAUUUUAAUUUUCAAAUAGUUUGUUCCCUCUCAUUGUCCCAAACUAAUCAUUCAAAAACUAAUCAUCCUCAAACACACAAUCCUCUAAACCCCAUAGAAGAAAUGGAUGCCAACAGAUGCACCACUCAUCAAGGCUUCCGCCUCCGUUCCAUCCUCAUCCACUCCCUCUGGAUCACUGCCGUCGGCGUUCUCCUCUUCCGCCUCGCCACCGCCAACUCCCAAAAACACCUCUUCUACGUCCUCAUGUUCUCCAUUUCUGGCGUUGCCCUCGCCACCGCUCCUUGGAUUUUUCAGCUGCUUUUGUCGACAACGGUUAUGGUUUUGUACCACGCCGGUGUUUCUGAUCUCACUUGGCUCAUCCGACCAUCGGUUGAGGGUCGAAGGGAAGUUGAUGAGGACGUUGAGAGAGGACGGACUAAGAUAUGGAAAAGGUUUGGGUUUAGAGGUGAAGCAAGCAGCCGUCCUAAACUGCUAAGGAACAGAACCAUUUGAUUUUCUACAAAUCGUUGGAACAGAAAAUUUGUAAAUUCUCUGUUUCCUUUUCCUUCUAGUUUUCAUAGUUUCCCCUUUCUUUUUAUGUACUAACUUCUUUUUCCCUCUUCGUAAUUUGAUUAUUGGUUUUUCCAAUAAGUUUUCUUCCUU